UUUGCUGCCUGACUGAGUUAGAAUCUCCAUCGAAUCUGAGCAGAGUCGAGCGCCCAACGCUCAAAAGAGCAGCUGGGGCAGAAGGUACAAAUUAUUCAGCCGUUGGCCAAAGCCCAGGCCGUGGUCAGAAGUGGGGAUAUUUCAACACAGACAAUAUUUCCUGAUAGAAGAGGUGUCGGUCAUCUUAGCUCAGACACAAGGACGGUGCCUUCACACUCAGCUCCCUGCCGGUCACCUUUGCUGGCUAUGGCUGAGGACGGAGUAAUCUACACUUAUCUAGCCCACCCAGCAGGCUCCCUGCCCAGCGACACGUCAGCCCUGGCUCAGCAUCACACUUGUCCACAGUGCCCGCUUUGGCAUCGGAUUGCCCUGUGGGUGGGCUGGGCCGGGAACAUCGUCCUGCUGGGAGCUGUGCUAGUGCUGGCUGUCCUGGAGGGCUCCGGGUGCAAACUCUGCCCCAGGCACUGGGCGCCGUACAGGGACAAGUGCUACUGGUUUUCUGAAGAGAAUGAAUACUGGAGCAGGGGCCGUGAUGACUGCUCAUGGAGGGGAUCUCACCUGUUAGUGAUCCAGGACCAGGAGGAGCUGGAGUUCACACAGAAUCUUACAGGAAAUCAAAAUCCGGUGUGGAUUGGACUCAACAUCACAUCCCAAAGGAAGAAUUGGACCUGGGUGGAUGGUUCCCCGCUAAAUCAAACACUAUUCACAGUAUCGGGUCCUGCUGAAGAGAACAGCUGUGCUGCAGUAAAGAAGAAUCAGAUCAAAUCUGAAAUCUGCAACACUCACUAUAAAUGGAUUUGCCAAAAGGAAGCUGUGCUCAUUUAA